UCUCUCUCUCUCUCUCUCUCUCUCUCUCUCUCAUUGUGUAUAUAUAAUAUAGUCCAAUCUUUUUCCUUGCCUGCUUCCUUCACAGCCUGUCAAGCUUGAAUUAUUAAGACCAUGAUUAUAAUUUUUUAGAAACAGGUUAGCUUUGUUGUUUCUUUAAGUAAAGAGAGAGAGAGAGAGAGAGAGAGAGAAAGAGAGAGAAGGGAGAAAGAGACUAAUUCCGGGCUGUCACAGAAAGAGAGAUUCUUUGCUGGAGUGUUGUUGUUUACUCGUCAAUCCAUUCGUCUAUCUCUAUCUCUCCAAGUUCACCACAAAUAAUUUGUACUACUAUAUACUGCUUGGAUUGCUUCGUCCAUAUUUGCUGUAAAAAACAUGAGUUAUGGAACCUCAUAACGAAGUUGGCUUUUUGUUUUUUCUUCAGCUUCGGUUGUUAAUUGCACAGGAUUUUGGCAUGAAUAGAGAGAAAGAUGUUCAAUGAGCCUCGUUGGAGAGAUUGCCGAUCCGGCCACCUUUUUUUUCAGUUCCUCACUGGAUUGUUGGGACCCCAUUUCAGGGAUGGGAACUAAACUUGAAUAUGCCUUCAAUCUUCUAGCACCUUCACCAAAUAGCACUAGCUUUAAUGUUCAUUGUGUGGAUGAACUUGACUAUUUGCAAACUAGAGAGCUGAACAUUAGCUUCCUAAUUACUGGACUUGACAAGCAUCACAGCUUGGCUUAUGACAAAAUGCCUGAAAAACAGAACUUAGAUUUCAUCAGAAAGACUAUGCAGAUGCAUGAAGAAACCUUCAAACAUCAGGUAAGGGAACUCCACAGGCUAUACAGUGUACAGAAGAUGUUAAUGGAUGAACAGGACAAGGAAAUUAAACAGAAUAAAAAGUACUGGAAUCCAAGGGAUACCAAUUACCUGUAUAGUUUGAACUUUCAAGGCUUCAGAGAUGAUCAUCCAAGCCCAAAGGAAAGAAGCGGCAGCUGCUCCGGUGAGACCAUGAGAAUGACUACAUUGGGAAUUGAUCUUGAGAGGCCUGCUGCAGAGGAAGAUAUAUCUACUGCUAUUAGUACUGCCAUUGAUGAUACUCGAGCUGCAGGGACUAGCUCUUUCAUCCCCUUGAAAGGGAACGAUAAAAUGAGCAUCGAUGGCUCGGACGAAGAAAGUGAAGUGGAGCUAACAUUAAGCAUCGGAAGGAGCAGCACCAGCAGCAAGAAGAUGAUCAUGUCGACAAAUCAAGAAAUGGGAUUCUCUGAACAAAUGCAUAAGCGUAUGAAGGAGCUUGAUUCUCCAGCAUCAGUCAAGUCCGAAAGAAGAGGAGAGGAUUGCAGCACUCCAACAACCCCAAUGAGCAGCUCUAGUGCAACAUUUGAUCAUGAAAGAAAACAGCCAAAUUGGCUUUUCCAAGGUUUAAGCAUAAACAGGACUUGAACUUUAAUUUCUGACUUGCAUCAGACUAUCAGUAUGUUAAACUAUUUUUACAUUGAGGACUUAUCAGAUGAAAUAUUCACAAUUUAGUUGCCAAAUUAGAUAAAUGCAUCAUUGAGGUGUACAUGGUUGUGAAUAGGACAUGUACAAAACUUUAUGUUGAAUUACAUUUCCAGUCACCAUUUGUUUC